UAUAUUUUUCAAAAUAUUUGCCAUCGUCAAACUACUGCAAAUAUAAUAAGUAGCGCCUUAGACAAUGAUUUACAAUUGGUGAAGCAAAACAUUGUUACUUUACAUCAACAAAUGGAGGACUGUUAUAAAGCUUUACUACUUGGAACAACGUCAUCUGUACCAAGACCAUUUUGGAAAUUUAACCGGCAAUCAGCAUUUUGGAACAUGUGCUGUCACACGGAAGAUGUUUUUAAAACACAUUUUCGUAUAACUCGAAAAAGUUUUUCAGUUCUGUGUGAGUUGUUAAAAUCUUUUCAAAAAAAGGACACUAAUUGGCGUAAAGCGGUUCCUCUUGACAAAAGAGUCGCAAUUGCUUUAUGUGCGUUAGGAUCUUCAGGGGAAUACAGGGUAGUGUGUGAAUUAUUUGCCGUUGGCAAAUCUACAGUAUGCACUAUUGUAUUGGAAUUUUGCAGUAUUGUAUGGGAAGUGAUGUCACCUACAUAUUUAAAAAGAUUUCCAUUAACACAAGAAACCGUGGCAGAAUGCGUAAAAGGUUUUGAACUUCUCGGAUUUCCACAAUGUUUAGGAGCCCUUGAUGGAUGUCAUAUUAAAAUACGUCCAAACUCAGAGGAUGCAGUUGAUUAUUACAACUAUAAAGGAUGGCACUCAAUAGUUUUAUUAGCUUUAGUGGAUUUCAGGUACCGUUUCAUGUACGUUAAUGUGGGAACUCCUGGACGUUGUAAUGAUUCGUAUAUAUUUGAAACAUCCAACUUGAAAAAGAUGUUAAAUACGUGCAACUUAUUAAGGAAAAAUAAGAAAAAUAUAUGCAACUUGGAUGUGCCAGUAUAUAUAAUAGCAGAUUCGGCAUUUAGGCUAACCCAAACUUUAAUGAAACCAUAUCCAUUUAAUGUUGAUAUGCCGCUUGUAAAAAAAAAUUAUAACUACAAACUUUCGAAAUGUAGAAGGGUUGUUGAAAAUGCAUUUGGACACUUAAAAGCACGAUUUCGACGAAUAGGAAAGGGUUUAGACAAUAGAAUUAAUAAUGCAAAUAUUAUUGUGAGUGCUUGUUGUGUGCUGCACAAUUUUUUAAAUGAAAACAACGACCACAUUAAUGCACAAUGGUUAAAAGAGCUGAAAAAUAUUGAUAAAAACCAACAUCCUGACCAACACCCCAUUAUUUUUGAUAUGGAACCUAUUGCAGAAGAAAUAAGACAAGCUGUUGCAACUUACUUGAGCUGUGGUGAUGAUAUUGCAGUCGAUGAUGAGGUGGUAGGCACUUCUGAUAAUAUUGGUGGCAAUAAUGUUGACAUAGGGGAUGAUGACAUCGCCAUUUCCUCCUCCAGAUAUUCCUCAUGAAAGUCUGCAUCUAAAAUAUUGGAAAAACCGUUAAACAUUAAA